AUGGAGAGAAAAUCCGUCCGUGCGGGAGGCGUGCUUCGCCCUCUAGGCCGCGCUCUGUUCCUUGCGGUACUUAUUCAGUGUGUCAGCCGCACUGCACAAACCACGACAGCUGAACCGCCCACCCAUACGUGCGAAAGUGGAACGCUGGAGGUUCCGUUGACUCCGCUCGAUCUUUCCGUCAAGUUAGCGUGCUCCAGUGGGUCGGCAAUCUCUGAGGAAUCCGGCAAGGCGUUUGCCUACGUGGACGGUAGCUGCGGAAGUGAUGCGAAACCGUUCAGUGAAUUGCUGGGAAGUGCAGCUGCAGCAACGUGGUCAGCCCACGUACUCUCACUCCAAAAGCUCCCCACCGCAGACAAACAAAUAUGCUACCAGUGCAAGAGAAGUGAAGAAGUGACUUGCACAGUCGUAAUCAAUGUUCCGAGCGCGCCAAAAAGUUGCACGCCCCCGGCGGGAUUGGGCCGUAGUUUUAAAGAAUCAGGAGAGGAACAGGAUCUGGAUCUGCAGGUGGAGAACAACGAACCCGUUUUCUUCACCUGUCCUGCUAAUUACACUCUUGAUCCCACGGAUGAACACCAGGCAUACGUUGGAACAGAUCAAUGCGGUGGUAAUGCGACUCAAAGAGCCGAUGUUCAGCGAAAGGGAAAGAACAACGGUCCUUACUCGUUCCAGCUGGCGGAAAAACCGAAGAAGGAGGAAAUGUUUUGCUACAAAUGCACUAAAAGCAGUCGUGGCACAGGCGAACAGUGCAUGAUCAAAAUCAAAACUGUGACUACAACGACCACAACAGCAAGUGGAUCGUCGACGGAUGAUGAAUCUACGGAUUCUACUGCUUCCGCAGCAGCGACGUUGACUUACGUCACUGGAGUCUUUUGCGCGGCAGUCAUGUGGCUCGGAUCUCGCUUUUAA